UUUUUUUUUGAGAACUGGUAAAUCGUCCUUCCUAGUUCCUGCUCUACCUGUAUUUUCACUCUACUUUCUGAUACAGUCGGAGAUCGUCGAUAGAUUGAUAAACCCAGAUUUGAAUCCGGUGGGCGGUCGUUGUUUUCACCCUACCCAAUUCUAAUCUAGGCGGGCUGGGCUGGGCUGUAUUGGAUAGCAAGAAAAGGAUUCGCAUGAUAUAAAGAGCCUAACAGAUACGGAAUCAGUUCACAUCCGCAGAAGACUUUAAAUGGAUAGUGGUUGGAGGAGGACGUUGGGGAAUGUAAGGUCCUUCUUCGGCAACUUGACCGGAGGUUUAAGGGGAGGUUCCAAUUUGGCAUCGUGGGUCGUCGCCGGAACCCUAGCUUACUAUCUUUGGGUCAAGCCUUCUCAGGAGCUCAAGCGAGAGCAAGAGGAAAGGGCUGCGCUGGCGGCUGCCUCUGAUCGUUAUCGUUACAUUGAGAAACGGAAACCAAUCCCAGAUCCUCAGGAAACUGGAUUGAUAUAUGGUAACAAGAAUAGAGCUAAUAAACCUUCCGAGGAAUGACUUGGGAGCUAUUGCGUCUGUCUGCAUAUCAAUUCCGGUAUUUGCUGGACAUUUGCUAAAAAUGUUGAUUCCUGCUAGGAUUGUUUUCUUGCUUUGAUUAAUGUGUGCAAUAUUGAGCUAUCCCUGGUCGCAUUGGGCCUAUGCAUGCUACAUGCAUGGGGGCUGUUCAGACAUGAUUGGAUCACAUGGUACUGGAUGCUUCUUGAUUGUUGGGUUACUGCUGUUUGCUGGACUGCUAUUAGGAUUUCAUUGAGCAACAUGGUGUAUUGUUACAUUUAGUUAUACUUGUCUAGGAUUUUAGCUAGGAAUUGGAUAGAUAAUGGAGUGAAUGCCUACAUCCUUUUAUUAUACUUGGCACUUAUGAUAGGUUAAUUUUAGGUUUGUUUGUAAGAAAUGGGUUUGUUCCUCUUUCCAGCAUAGUCUCAAAGGAACUUGCUAGUGCUACCAUUUUGUACUAUUGUUUGCAGAAAUGAAAUAGUUCUUCUUGAAAAA